UUGUCAAGCAGCUUGUAAUGUUUUGCGGGAACGGUGCACUUGCACGGAUUUAAACAUGACGUUCAUUUUGCAGUAGAUAUCACGUUGAUAUAUAUGUAAUUCCCGGUCUGUUUUGUCGCGAGGGAUAUCAUAGAUUCUCUGCUGUUCGUUUGGACUGUCUUCCCUCCCUCCUCCUCCUCAGUCGGGUAAACAAAUACAGAGGUGUAAUUAUGAGCAAGGCGAAGUCGAGUCGGGACAGAAGGAUCGCUCCCUCCGGGGUCGCAAGGGUGACUCGCAGUUCCAUCAACCCUCAGGACUCUCAGCGCACAAAACCUACAGAUUCAGGCCUGGUCGAUGACCUCAGCCUCAUGAGCGUGAGUGAACAACAGGCCUCAUUAGCACGACAGCAACGCAACUACCACGUUCAAGGCCCAGAAAGGAAAGGCAAGUCCCACCAGACUUCGUCUCCCAGCACUAAGGCCGUUCUCUCCUCACCGUCUGGCAGCUCUGUCCCACGUGGGGCUUUGGGAACUAUAGGCCGCCUGAUGAAGCUUGGUCGGGUGCGAAACAUUGUGGUGGUUGCUGGAGCAGGUAUCAGCACGGCCAGCGGUAUACCAGACUUCAGGACGCCAGGGACGGGUCUUUAUGCAAACCUUGCGAAGUAUGACAUCCCUUACCCAGAGGCCAUCUUUAACAUCGACUACUUCUCAGACAACCCUCAUCCUUUCUUCUCACUGGCUAAAGAGCUGUACCCAGGACACCACCGACCAAACUACGUUCACUAUUUCAUCCGUAUGCUGCAUCAGAAGGGCCUGCUGCUCCGCAUGUACACUCAGAACAUCGAUGGACUCGAAAAAUUGUGCGGUAUUCCAGAUGACAAACUUGUGGAGGCUCAUGGGAGUUUUGCCACUGCUGCCUGCCACCUCUGCUAUACGCCUUAUCCUGCUGAGGAAGCCAAGCAAGCUAUAAUGAACGGCAACGUUCCCAUCUGUACGUUUUGCGCCGGGGCGGUCAAACCUAAUGUCGUCUUCUUUGGAGAAGAUUUGCCAGAAAAAUACUUUCAACAUGCUGAAGAUUUCCCAAAAGCUGAUCUUCUUAUGAUAAUGGGCACUUCUUUAAAGAUUGAGCCUUUCGCCAGCCUGGUCAACACAGUGAAGUCCACCGUGCCUCGUCUGCUGCUGAACCGUGAUCCAGUCGGGCCCUUUGAACGGAGGCCCCUGAGGAGGUGCGACUACAUGGAACUGGGAGAUCUCUCCGAUUCUGUCCGAAAACUUGCCGAGAUCCUAGGAUGGCAUACUGAGAUCCAAGACCUGAUGAACAGUCAUGAAAAUGGCCUUUGUUCUUAUACUGACCCCAGCAAUAGCAGCGGUGACAACAGUGACUCCUCAGAGACUGACAGCAUGCACUAAGAUCAUCCACAGACGUGCUCUGUAAGUUUGAAAUAUCACUGGUUAUGGCACUGGAGGCCUGGCAAGGGUUCAAAACCAACAGUGAUGUUUAUGUAUGUCAUUACAUCUGAAUGUUUUAUGUAUGUCAGUGUUCAUACCAGUAGUAACAGCAACAGCCAUGUUUGACCAAACAGUGAAACUUGGCCACGUUUCUGGUGGGAUUAGAUUUAUUUUAAAUCUAACAAAUUAUCUGUGUAGUGUCUGCUGCUCAUUUUGACUGAAAACCUACAUCUGGAUAUCUUAAAUUCUGGCACUUAUAAUAUUAUUGAAAGGCUGUAAUGGAUAAGCAGAGAACUGUAAUUUACUGUAAAUGUAAUUUGUGCGCAUCCUGAUUGACCACUAGAUUUUAAAAAAGUUAAUUGACUUAUCUUACAAUUUUGACAAUUUCUUGCAAUUGUGAGUUUAUAUCAUGCAAUUCUGACUUUUUUGUUUCUCACAAUUCUGGCUUUAUAACUCGUGAUUGUGAGUUUACAUCACAGAAUAGAAAAUUCAGAAUAGAAAAUAGUCAGAUUUGCGCAUUAUCUCGCGAUUCUGAUGAUUUCUCAUAGUUUCGCGUUUAUAUCACAAUUCUGAGAAAGUCAGAAUUGAGUUUGUCUCGCAAUUGAUUUAUUUCUCAAUUGUGAGUUUAUCACACAAUCCUGAGGAAAGUCAGAAUUAUGAGAAAGUCAGAAAUGCCCGUUUUUAUCUCACGACUCUGACUAUACUUCUCACAGUUGUGAGUUUGUAUUACAAUUCUGAGGGGAACAAAAAAGAAUCGCGAGGAAAAAGUCCGAUUUGCUGGAUACAAACUUGCAUUUGUGAGGAAAAAUGUCAAAAUUCUGAGUUUUUCUUUCUCAUAAUUAUAAGCUUUUAUCAAAUAAUUCUGGCAAAAAAAAAUUACAAGUUUUUAUUUUGCGAUUCUUACUAUUUCUCAUAGGUUUGAGUUUAUAGCACACAAUUCUGAGAGGAAAAAAAGUCUGAAUUGUGAGUUUGUAUCACGAAUUCUGAGGGGGAAAAGGCAAUUACAAGAUAUAAACUCACAAUUGUGAGAAAUAAAGUCAGAAUUGCAAGGUAUUUCACAAAUCUGACUGUCUUGUAGUUGUUUAUAUCACAAUUUUGAGGGAAAAAGUCAAUAACUAGAUUUAAAAACUCAAUUCUGACUUUUCUCGCAAACGCCAGUUUGUAUCUCGCAAUCUGAGUAAAAAAACAAUUGAGGAAAAAGUCUGUAUUUGUGAGGAAAAAUGUCAAAAUUGUGAGUUUUUAUUUCUCGUAAUUGUGAGUUUAUAUCACACAAUUGACAAAAUUGCAAUUCUGGCUAUUUCUCAUAGAUUUGAAUUUAUAGCACAAUUCUAAAAAAAAAAAAAAAAAAAAGGUCAGUGUUUGUAUCAUGAAUUCUGAGGAAAAAAGUCAAUUACAAGAUAUAAACUCACGACUGCAAGAAGUAAAGUCAUAACUGCAAGUUAUUUUGCAAAUCUCUCUCGUUUUGAAUAUAUAUCACAAUUCUGAGGAAAAACUUCAGAUAAAAUUCAGAAUUGCAAGUUAUUUUGCGAUGCUGAGUAUUGCUCGUAGGUUUGAGAUUAUAGC